AUGAGCGCUACGCGGACGCUUCAUGCUGCUACUGCUGCUGGAAGGGGUUCCGCCCGAAGAUGGCAUUGCAUAAGCGCAGCCUGGCCCCAGACGGGUACAGUCAUGGCGUCAAGGCGAGCUGCCUCGACGGGUGUGGGCAUCGUUAGGACCAGGCUGAGAACAGCAGCACCGCCGAAUGAGGGGAGCAAAGGAUCGGCGCUAGCGGCGGCGGCGGCGGCGGCGACAUUAGCUGCCGCUUCGGCAGCAGCCGCAGCGUUGAACUCUUUCGGAGGCGGUAGCACCUCCGUGGCGGGGUGUUCCUCUGCGGAUGGCGUCGACGACCCCUACGAGCCCGGCCAGGCCGUUGGCGUGGGCAUUAAGGCCGAGAUGUGGAAGACCAAGCAUCCGAACCUGACGAUCCUAGAGACCAUCGAGGACUCGCCGGUCCUGGGCUUGAUGAGCGUCGUCCGGAACGUCGAGACCGAUGGGGGCGCCUUCCUGUCUGCGGCCAACAGGCUCAUGCGCCAGCUGCUGGACUUCGCCGAUAUGGGGUUUCCCAACGACGAUGAGGCGGUGUUUGCCACCCCUGCGAGAGUUAUGAUGGCGGGCGUUCUGCCGGAAGAUGACGUAAACGUGUGCGCCAUUUCCCUGUACCUGGAGAACGAGCCGUGCGGGGUUUUCGACAUGGAGCUGGACGCGGCGUUCCCGUCCUUCGAGAGGGGUUCCCUCCAAGUGAGGUGCCUCACACGGGGUUCUUCUAGGGAACUUCCGCGGGACAUGCAGGGGAAGCAGAUCUUGCUGCUGGCUCCCGUGGUCGGUUACGCCCAACCGGUAUUGGCGGCCCUGGAGAGGCUGGAGCAGGCCGGUGUUGAAGACGAGAACGUUACUCUGGUUAGCGUUGUCAUCAGCAAGGACGCCCUCGAGGCGCUCACGGAGGAGGCGGAGGACAUGAGAGUGGUGUGCUCCGCAAUGGAUGGCGAGACCCGAGGAUCUGACCACCAGGUCGUACCGGGAGUGGGAGAUUUUUCGCGGCGCUACUUCGAAGCGAAAGCCAUAGUGGAGGCCGAGGCGGCAGCGAGAGCCGCGGAACGAUCCGCGGAAUCUUCCUCAAACGGAAAGCGCCGCUGGUGGCGGCUGUGGUAG